UGCCUUGAUGAUGCCUAGUGGCACAUAGGCCAUCAACAAAGCUCCUCCAUCUUGGUCUGUUCUUUGCUAGCUCUUCCAGUUCCUUCCAGCAGUAUCCCAUCUGUCUCGCAUCAGCCAUUGCGUCUCGCUGCCAGGUGUUCUUUGGCCUUCCUUCAUUUCUUUUUCCGUGUGGAUUCCAAGUCAAGGCUUGCUAUGGUGAUGCUUGAGAUCGGCUUUCUUUGAGUGUGGCCGAUCCACCUCCAUUUGCGCUUCAGGAUUUCCUCCUCAAUUGGGUUUUCUUCAAAUCCACAGAGAUGUCUCUCCAUCCAUCGUCACGACUGUCGAUCGCAGCUUUGGUCGUCUUGACAUUCGCAGGAAUUGUACAUGUUGCUGGUGAGGUUCGCCUAGUGAAUAGUUCCGCCACUGUCCCAAAUGCUGGCAGGGUGGAAGUCUGGGACCCCGACACCUCUGAGUGGCUCGCCGUGUGCGCGAACGAUUGGGAUUUCGAUGCUGGUCAAGUAGUCUGCAAGGAGCUGGGUUAUCCUGGGACGACUUUGGUGAAGAUUCAAUCCGAGUAUGGAGACGGAGGACCGGGGAAGUCAAUCGGUGGCUUCGACUGUACUGGAGAUGAAGCAUAUUUGCUAAGCUGCACGAGUAAUGACCCAAACGAUGAACCGUGCGGUGCCAGCUACACAGCCGGAGUCGUAUGCGCAGCUCCUGGAUAUGAAGGUUGCAAGAUGGAAAUGAACGACAACAGCAGAAUCUUUAAGACGCUAACAUCCAUCACAGACAACACCGUUGAGAAAUGUAUUGAAUUCGCUAAAGCUCGGCAAGACGGAUCACCCAUACUUUACGCUGGGGUGUUGGGAGAAGAGUGCUCGUAUGGGCUGAAAAACCCGGAGAACAUCGCAAGCCUCCCAGCAGUUGAUGACUCUAUGUGCGACACUGCCUGCCCUGGAAAUCCCGAUCAGAGAUGUGGUGGAUCGGGACUUAUUUCAGUCUACAGUGUAAAUGGUGGAUUCUGUAGCGGUCCAGUUUUGUCCAACGGCGAGCAGGUCGUUCAGCCGACGCCUGAUUUUUUCUAUUUCGGAACCGUCGUCGACUUCACUUGCAACCCCGGGUUUGAGCUACAGGGGGCGCCCUCCGUGCAAUGCGUCAUGGGUUCUUCUGGGACUGCACAGGUCACGUGGAACAACUUUACACCCGAAUGCUUCGCCGCUGAUAUGACCACUAGCAAGGCUACAGCGCAUCCAGGCGGUAACGGAGCAGAGCCAGGAACAGCGCCACCAGGCGGUAAUGGAGUAGAUGCAGGGUUGGUUCUUGGCAUCUUAAAUACAGUGAUCUUGGUCACAAGCGCCAUCGCGAUCGGAAUCUACUGCUCCGUCAUCAGAUGCAGAAAAAGAGAGGGUUCCCCUGCCUUACCUGAUGGUCAUGCAAGGACUGGCUCUGUGGAAAAGAACAGCGGUGACGAGGACGACCAGAAACCGACUGCCAGCCCGCCGGGCCCUGAUCACGGGGUCGUGCAGCAGCAAGAGCUCCGUGAGUACAGCACGGUCAUCAUCGAUGAUGGCGAAUCCAGCACCGCUAGGGAUACUAGAACCAACUCACAGCCACAUCUGUAUGAACAGCCAACCGUGCGGAAAAAUUAAUGACCCCAGAUUAUGCAAACGUGAACAAAAAAAACAGAGAUUGCUGAUUGAUGGUACAGUUAUUGAAUUUGCUUUCAAAAUGUGACCAGCCGAUAAAUACACUCUUGUGACUUUAGAAAGAUUUAUGUCUUACUUACACGCAACAUGUAAAUAUUUUAUUCUCGUGGUAUAACAAUUACCUUUCUCUGUCAUUUAUCUCUUAUUAGCCAAGCAUUCAGACAACUUUUGAGCUUCCAUGUUAAAGGAAAUAUAGUCUUGGUCACAACACUGUACAACAUAUUUGUUUUUCUGUAUUGUUUUAUUAUUGUUAUUGCAUGUUCAUGUAGGCUACAUUAAUUUGUUUUCUCAUAUUGAAAGUUGGCACCGUUUAUUUUAUUGUAUCGAUAUCGUCAGCCUUUUUUUGUUUUUAUCAGUAAAGUAUAACAUAAAAUUCCAUGUUUUUAAAUUAUCAGAACGAAUAUUCGAUUUUGUAAAGCAAAGCUUCGAGUGAAUACAUCCGUAGUCUUGGUCCCAGACUGUUUUUUUAUUCCCCUAUUUUGCAGCCAGUCCCGUGACAAACGCGGUUAAGUUGCCGUGACAGUCAGUAGAGGUCUCUGUCGACAAGAUGAAUCAAAUCCAGUAUUGGCAAUAUUGGCAGCGCUACCCAAUUAUUCCGAGCAUACAGCUCACGCGCACGCAUUCACUUGUAUACAGCGCGCGUGAGGUAUGCUCGGACUUUCCUGGGUAGGGCUGCCAAUAUUGCCAAGACUUGACUUGAUUCAUUGGUAGCCAGCUCGAUUGUCACUGACCGGCUGUAUAAGGGGAAUAAAAAAAAGCCAGUCUUGAACCAAAGACUAUUAGUACAUCCCCAGAAGAUUCAAAACACAGAAUGCAAACUAACACCAAAUUUCAAAGUUCUUACAAUGAAAUCUUUUUAACACCCAUUUUUUUCCCUUAUGGUAAGAUCUUGCUGCACAAUACCAGAACGUGCUUGUUUCAGAUUUAUUUGCCAGUUCAUUUCUGUGUAAGUAAUUUAACAAAAAAAAUUUGAAUACAAUUGUAUAAAAUUUGAUUUGAUGAGUUGUUAAAUAAUUGCGUCUUCUUAUAAUAAGAAUAAUUUUUACCUUGCAGAUUAUUGCAAACAAUAGGCCUAAGUAUAAUCGCAAGUCAGACGGAGCCAAUUAUUAUGCAGACUGUCCGCUUGUAAUGGCUUGUAAUGUGUUAAUGGGUGUAUUAUCAUUAUUAUUAUUAUCAUUAUUAUAAUUCAUUAUUAUAAUUCAUUACUUUAAAAAGUUUACAUCGAAAAUGUAAGUGUAAUGCUGACAGCUUAUGGUGUCGGCCCAAUAAGGCGGUUUUAUGCGGAUCAAUACUAAUCAUGAUUAUUUUGAUUGGAACUCAAAGGGCAAGGCUCUGUGUGAAACAACGAAUAGUUUUAUUCGGACUGUUUCAUCAAAAUAUUGAUCAUUAAUGUAUUUUUGUUUUGAGUUAAAUGUUUAGCAUCGAACGGGUAAUGAAUUUUGUAUCUUGACUGAUGAUGAUUUAAUAUAGCCUAGGUUAGCUGGACGUCCGAAAAGAAUGUAGAAAAGAUUCAAAAAUGAUUCAAAGGACGCCUUGUGGAUCACGACGCGUUCGAUUUGUUAAAAAAUAUUUUGUAGUCUUAUAUCUUACUCAGAAAUUAUAACAUUAUUUUUUUUCAUUGAAAUAAUUUCUCAAUCGUGUUUCUAUACCGAUUGAAGACAAUUGGAAGUCCCGAUUUAAUGUGCUGCAAGGUGGUAGACAUUUUUGACAGUAAGACAUCUGUAUAGAUUAGUUGUAAUGCGUGUAAGCUGAUUUUCACGCGAAGGUUAAUGUAUGAUCAUGUAUAUGCGGCUGGAGAAAAUUGUAAUAAUAUCAAACAAAU